AAACAAAACAGGCGAGAAGCGACGGUUCAUCUCCAAGAAACAGGCUGAUCCACGCAGGCGGGGAAAGCAGCGUGACACAGCAGGCAUCCCCGGACACGACACACUUCAGCGACACAAAAUAGUUAGUGUUCAGUCAGGUGGCUUGCUUCCUUCAGGGUUUGGUGAACAGCAUGCCAGAGGCUUUAGGGGCCAGACACUCUCACACAUCUCCUGGUUGAGCUUUUUUCUUCUCCUUCUCCUUGAUCCGAGCUGUGGCAAGAGUGACAUUGCAACAACAGGAGAGUCAAACAUUUUCAGGUCAUGUCAGCCAAGGCCAUCUCUGAGCAGACGGGGAAGGAGUUCCUCUACAAGUUCAUCUUCUCAUCAGCUGCGGUCCAGAACAGAUUCCGCUAUGCUAACGUGACUCCGGAGACCAACUUUGACAAACUGACGCAGGAGCACCCGUGGCUCCUCACAGAGCGGCUGGUGGUGAAGCCGGACCAGCUCAUUAAGAGGAGAGGAAAGCUGGGUUUGGUUGGCGUCAACCUGGACCUGAAUGGUGUCAAAAACUGGCUCAAGCCACGUCUGAAUAAAGAGGCGACGGUGGGGAAAGCAAAGGGAAUUCUCAAGAACUUCCUCAUCGAGCCGUUUGUGCCUCACAAGCAGGAAGAGGAAUUCUACGUGUGCAUCUAUGCCGCCCGAGAGGGCGACUAUAUCCUGUUUCACCAUGAAGGGGGGGUGGAUGUUGGAGACGUAGAUGCCAAAGCCCAAAAGCUGCUAAUCAGGGUGGAUGAAAAGAUAGAUGAGGACCAGGUGAAGAAAGCCCUGCUGACCAAAGCGCCCAACGACAAGAGAGCGGUUCUGGCCAGCUUCAUAGUUGGGCUCUUCAACCUUUAUGAAGAACUCUUCUUCACAUACCUGGAGAUCAACCCUCUCGUUGUCACAAAAGAUGGAGUUUACGUCCUGGACAUGGCAGCAAAGAUUGAUGCUACUGCCGACUAUAUCUGUAAAGCCAAAUGGGGAGACGUGGAGUUUCCUCCCCCUUUCGGCAGGGAGGCAUAUCCUGAGGAGGCUUACAUCGCAGACCUUGAUGCAAAAAGCGGCGCCAGCCUCAAGCUGACCCUGUUAAACCCUCGAGGCAGAAUUUGGACCAUGGUGGCUGGAGGGGGAGCUUCUGUGGUAUACAGUGACACAAUCUGCGACUUAGGAGGGGUGAACGAGCUGGCCAAUUACGGGGAGUAUUCCGGAGCACCGAGUGAGCAGCAGACCUACGACUACGCCAAGACCAUCCUGUCUCUGAUGACCCGAGAGAAGCACCCAGAUGGAAAGGUUUUGAUCAUUGGAGGAAGUAUAGCCAACUUCACAAAUGUUGCAGCAACAUUUAAGGGGAUUGUUAGGGCGAUAAAGGACUAUCAGGAACCCCUGAAGGAGCAUGAAGUCACCAUUUUUGUCCGUCGGGGGGGCCCCAACUACCAGGAAGGCCUCAGAGUGAUGGGGGAAGUUGGAAAGACCACUGGAAUCCCCAUUCAUGUGUUUGGCACAGAAACCCACAUGACGGCCAUUGUUGGCAUGGCCCUGGGUCACAAACCCAUCCCCAUCCAGCCGCCAGUCGCUGCCCACACUGCCAACUUCCUCCUCAACUCCAACACCACAUCGACUCCAACAUCGAGGAGAAAAGAGACUGUUUCUGUGCAAAAAACUAAAGUUGAAGGUUCUCCAGCAAAGAAGGUUAAAACUGGAACUUCUGUUGCAAAAUCCACAGUUCUCUUCACCAAGCAAACAAAAGCUAUGGUGUGGGGUAUGCAGACACGGGCGGUGCAAGGCAUGCUGGACUUUGACUACGUUUGCUCCAGAGAGGAGCCAUCCGUUUCAGCUAUGAUUUACCCCUUCACUGGAGACCACAAACAAAAGUUCUACUGGGGACACAAGGAGAUCCUCAUUCCUGUUUACAAGAACAUGGGCGACGCCAUGAAGAAGCAUCCCGAUGUGGAUGUUCUUAUCAGCUUUGCCUCUUUGCGUUCAGCUUUUGAGAGCACCAUGGAGACCAUGGAAUACCCACAGAUCCAGACCAUUGCCAUCAUUGCUGAAGGAAUCCCCGAAGCACACACCAGGAAGAUCAUUAAAGCCGCUGACGAGAAGGGGAUCACCAUCAUUGGCCCUGCAACUGUUGGAGGAAUAAAGCCGGGCUGUUUCAAAAUCGGGAACACAGGUGGAAUGUUGGAUAACAUCCUCGCCUCCAAGCUGUAUCGUUCGGGCAGCGUGGCGUACGUCUCCCGCUCAGGCGGGAUGUCCAACGAACUCAACAACAUCAUCUCCCGCACCACGGAUGGGGUCUUUGAAGGUGUGGCCAUCGGCGGGGACAGAUACCCAGGUUCUGUGUUUACGGAUCAUGUGCUGCGCUACCAAGAUACUCCUGGAGUCAAGAUGAUCGUAGUCUUGGGAGAGAUCGGCGGCACAGAAGAGUACAAGAUUUGUGAGGCUAUUAAACAGGGAAGAGUCACAAAGCCAGUGGUGUGCUGGUGUAUUGGCACCUGUGCUACCAUGUUUUCCUCAGAGGUUCAGUUUGGUCACGCUGGAGCGUGCGCCAACCAGGCCUCUGAGACUGCUGUUGCCAAGAACAAAGCCCUGAAAGAAGCUGGUGCUUUUGUACCCAAGAGCUUUGACGAGCUGGGAGACAUCAUCAAAAAUGUGUAUGAUGACCUUGUUGCCAAAGGAGUUAUUCAGCCAGCAGAGGAGGUUCCUCCUCCCACUGUCCCAAUGGAUUACUCCUGGGCACGGGAGCUGGGUCUGAUCCGUAAACCAGCCUCCUUCAUGACCAGCAUCUGUGAUGAGAGGGGUCAGGAGCUCCUCUACGCCGGCAUGCCCAUCACCGAGGUCUUUAAGACUGAAAUGGGUCUUGGAGGAACCCUGGGGCUUCUCUGGUUCCAGCGGAGGUUACCACGGUACGCCUGCCAGUUCAUAGAGAUGUGUCUGAUGGUGACUGCAGAUCACGGCCCUGCAGUCUCUGGUGCUCACAACACUAUUGUCUGUGCUCGAGCUGGCAAGGACCUCAUCUCCAGCCUGACUUCAGGCCUCCUCACUAUUGGUGAUCGCUUUGGGGGAGCUCUGGAUGCUGCGGCUAAGCAGUUCAGUAAGGCUUUUGACAGCGGGAUGCUGCCUAUGGAGUUUGUCAACAAGAUGAAGAAGGACGGCAAGUUGAUCAUGGGUAUCGGACACAGAGUCAAGUCGAUCAAUAAUCCCGACAUGAGAGUCCAGAUCUUGAAAGACUUUGUGAAGCAGAAUUUCCCGUCCUGCCAGCUGCUGGACUACGCUCUAGAAGUGGAAAAGAUCACCACUUCUAAAAAGCCAAACCUGAUCCUUAAUGUGGAUGGUUUCAUUGGUGUUGCCUUUGUGGACCUGCUCAGGACCUGUGGCGGCUUUACAAGGGAUGAAGCGGAUGAGUUUGUAGACAUCGGUGCUUUAAAUGGAAUCUUUGUUUUGGGGCGCAGCAUGGGAUUCAUUGGGCACUACCUGGACCAGAAGAGACUGAAGCAGGGUCUGUACCGUCACCCAUGGGAUGACAUCUCCUAUGUGCUUCCAGAGCACAUGUCUAUGUAAUUCUCUUCAUCAUCCAGGGCACUCGCCGGCUCUUCUGGUCACGCUGUCAAUCACCUCAACAAAAAGUACUAUUGUAGUAAACAGAAGAUGUUAGAAUUAAUAUAACUUACAAUUGCACUAAGAAAAAACUGUAAUAACGCAUUUUAGAUGUAAAUUCCUGUCAGUGCUGCAUCUGUGUGGAUGUUUGUAAAACGUGAUCUCUGUUGAAGCUUGAGAGCAUUUAUGUUUUUCCUUGAAUCGCAGAGAUACCUCUCCAAAUGUUUGUGUUGUGAGUUGUUUGGCUGUCUAAUUCGCCUUAAAUGUAAAGUCACUGUAAUAAGCAAGCAUGUGUGUCUUUUUCACAGUCUGCUGUCUCUGUGCAGCUCUCCUCCUUGUGCCAUUUGGAAAUCAGAACAUGCAGUACUGUAGAGAAGUCUUAUUUUAUUACCAUUAUCCAUCAGAAAAAUAACAAAAGUGAAUGUUGAAGAUUAUUUUACAAUGUGUUUGAAGCAGUGCCAAAACUGAAACGAUACUGGGCUUUGUCUUUCUGCUUUGUGAGUCAGGCCUGAUAGCUGCUGCUAUUUGUUAGUGCCCAGAAGUUGUGGAAGUACUUAAAGUGCUCAAUAUAAAACAAGGAACAAAAAUAUAUUUAUUAAUAAAUGUAUUGGUUUUUUAUUUUAUUUACUUUCUCUGGUUAGUUUGAUGCAAAGAAAUUCCCAACUCAAUUAAUGUUUAAGUGUUGAUAGUCAGCAUUAUAAGCCUAAUACUUGUCAUUUAUCUUUUACAUUUUUAAUUAAACAUAAUUGUGCAUAUCCAGUUAAAUGUGUGACGAGCAGUUUGUGUCUGUGUUUGUAUGUAUCCAUCUUAAUAUAAACUGAAUUCACCUCUGGACUGACUUGAUAUAUAUUAACAAAUGCUAAAAUUUGUCAAAUAUAAUAAAGCUAUAUGUAAUAAAAUA